AUGUUAUUUUUGAUAAGAGCUUUCACUAAGAGCCCAAAAUUUGUUCUUAAAUGGGCUGGUCUUCUGUCAGGCAGCUCCAACGGGCCCACCAAGGUAAUCUCUAGUGCUGACCUUCCUCUUGGCUAUGGCGUGCUGUGUAAUAGAAAUCCUUUGCUUAGUCAUCUGCUUGGUCAAUUCGGUUGUGUUCUUGACCCCGAAAAUCAACUUUCUAUCGGCGCACCACGACAUCUCAUCCAGGUAGCUACAUCACUCGAGGCUGAUGACGGCAAAGGCUCCGAUUCCAUUUUAUCUCCUAUAUCUACACACAAUCCUGCAUCCACCUGUUAUUUUCCCUUUACCCACCCCCAGGCUUCUACAUCCAAUUAUUCUAAUAGUCCAAAUGUCACGAUGACAAUGCAGGCAGAGGCGAUCAUAUUUCCAGCCAGCAAUAUCUUUUCAACAACUGUACUGACGGGCCAGCGCCGUGAGCACAUGCUGACUCUCCUGUAUUUGGCCACUUAUUUUUUGCGCUAUCCAAGUCUUGUUCAAGGCCGGGAAUGCCUACCUGAGUUGGGCAGAGCCGAUAUUUUCGAGUUGGAGCAGCAUCAGCGAAGAAUCCGCCUUGGUUCCAAAUCUCGUCGUAAAUCUGGUUCUGCAAUCAGUUACAGCAGUAGUGGUAGCGGCAGCGUAGGUCCCAGUUCCUACUCGAGUUGCGGUGUUCAGGAUUCUGGUCAUCUCAUUGGGGCCUACUCACACACCCAUGUCUAUGGAUAUCCACUUUCCUACCUCCCCACUGCUGCUCAAUCUACUGGCAUUCCGGGAGCUACUGCUGUGGCCUGUGGUGGCCCCAGCAAUAACAGUAGUGGCAGUGGCCUGCAUCCACAUGAUUCAGGUAUCAGUAGCCAGGAGGAUAUUACGGCAGCACUCUAUUCCAUCAGUGCAGGAAGCUCGCCUACUCAUCCAGGCGGCGGUGGCAUGGCUGUUUGUCUACAAAAUCGUUUGACUCAAGAUCAGUGUAGAUUGGCUGAAGCAGCUGCCCAUUUUAUGGUCUCAAGAGAGGUUGCUGCUGCCGCAGCUGCUGCUGCCGUGCCUACUAAUCCUGAGUUAUCUAAUUGUCCCACUACCGGCCUCUCAUCUGCUUUUGGCCUGCCCGGCCUGUCCCCUAUGGCAAUUGGUUUGCAGCUGCAAGCACCAUCUACUCACAAGGUUUUAUUUAUGCAAUCGAAAGCCACUUCCAAUACACAAUACACUGAGAUUCCACUACUAAUAGAGUCAGUAAUUAGUUAUCAAUUUGCUUUUUUUUAA